GUAUUAUACAAUUCAUUUUUAAAAAGUUCAUUUUGGGGCGGGGAAUUUUUUCAACAAACAAAAACAGUCUUAAUCAAUUCAAACUCAAAGUGGUUGGUUUGAAGAAAACUGAAUGGAGAAGGAAAAGAAAAGGCAGCGAAAUUUAAACAAAAACGACCCAGAUUUAUGUAUAUCACCAGCAAAGGUAUUUGUGUUGCACCUGAUUUGUGGGCUUGGUUUAGCUUCAGCUUUCUGGGCAGCUCAAAAUUUCUAUUCGAUAAAUCUCCUUUCAAAUUCAGCAGAAACUCUAUGUCUAACCUGGAUUGUUGAAGCUUCAGUUGUGAGCCUGCUGUACAGUCUGUUUCGGCACAAUUCAGAUAAAAUUUCUUAUUUUAAAGCCGUAGGGAGAGCUUUGUUGGGACUUCCUGCAGGGGCCAUUGUGAAUGCACUUGGAGCUAUUGUAUUGGGGGCGCCUGUUGGUCUUCAGCACUUCAGAAGAACUGUUCAUUGGUCUCUCCUAAUGUCAGUUGUUACAUUUGUCCCUGCAGCUUCUGUUUUUGGCUCCUCAUGGACUGAUUGGCAUAGAAUAUUUGCUCAGACAAUGCCUAUUGGAUCUGUAGAUUAUAUGAUCUGCUUGCCUGCACAUGGAGCUGCUAUAGGAGCUUGGUUUGGCGCUUGGCCUAUGCCUCUUGAUUGGGAAAGGUCCUGGCAGGAAUGGCCAAUUUGUGUGACUUAUGGAGCUAUUGUUGGCUAGUUGGCUGGAAUGAUGAUGUCAUCCGGAUUUGUUGUCUUCAAAAACCGGCGACGACAUGUGAAAGGAGAAUAGUUUCAGACUGAUGUUCCAAGAGUUAUGUUGUGGAGUACCCCAAGUGUGCUUCAAACUUGUAAAGUUCUCGGACCAGACUAAAGUUGAACUUUUAGAAUUUCGGACAUGUGCAAGUUCUUAUGAAUUCCUAACACCACCAGUUUUUGCAAUGAUUCACAGGAAGAUUUAGAGAAAUGGAUCCAGCAUAUUAUUAUUAAUUAAUGUUGUCGAGGCAAAUCUUGUAUUAUUGUUGAUUUCUUCGUUAAUGCUAUGUGAUCUUAUCUUUGUGAAA